AUGGCAACGUAUACUCCAUUAGUCACAUCACUGGGCGAAUUGCCGGAAUUUCCCGAGGAGGAAAAGAUUUACGACCUAAAAGUGGAAGGCGGAGGAGUGCCACCAGAGGCGAAUGAAGUGUUCGUGUACGUAUUUGUCACAACACAGGGGGAAGGAUCUUUUCAGAGGGGAUACUACGAAAUUUCUACAAACAUGCUGGGAGGACCAGAUCUCAAGCAGUACAUGAAUGUGGCGACAGGGCAAAGCUUGUUGGCCGUUAACUCUGCCAAUAUGUGGUUUCCUGUUGGAGCUGGCCAGUUGAAGGUAAAGUUGGUCCACCCAGGUGAGGCUAAGAAAAGCAUUGCAGGGAAGACCGACGAAAAAGAUUGGAGCGGAGUGUUCAUCAUUGGAUACCGAUAG